AUGGAAAAGGAAACGACAGAUAGCGAAAUGUCGGGAAACGCGGGUGCUCCAGCUCCCGUACCUGGCACAUCAGCGGUUUUACCUCUAAGACAGGACUGCAGGCUCGUGUGCGUGGAGUACCCGGGGCUUGUCGUCAAUGUGGACAAGAUGCUGGAGACCCUUGGGGGGGAGAAAACGGUGUCAAAGACUUUCGCUGACCCUAGCAGGCGGAUCGAACUGAACUACCGCCCUCGCGAUCCCUACUGCCACCCGCAGUGCGCAAACCGCUUCACCACCACCAGCUUGCUUUUGCGCGUGUGGAAGCGGUCGCGCAAAGGGAGCGGCGCCGACGCACGAUUUGAAAUGGAGACGCUGGGAGUCAUCGGGACCUGCUACAAAUUCCAGGGGAUGAGUGACUUCCAGUAUCUGGCGAUGCACACGGAGGCGGACGGCACACAGACGUCCCUGUACGACAAGAUCCUCCUGUGCAAACCGGAAAAGAAGGACUUUUUCUACAAGGAGGUGCCCCUGUACAUCCCCCCGCCCAUUUUCUCCCGCCUGGAUAACCCGGUGGACUACUUCUACCGCCCUGACAUCCAACACAGGGAGGGGUACGUCCCACAGACGGUCUCCCACGACAACCUCAUCGGCCUGAGUCGUGCCCGUCGCCCCCACAACGCCAUAUUCGUAGCCUUCGAGGAGAAAGAGGUGCCCACCAAGCCGCUGGAGGCUGCGGUGCAGAACUGGAGACGGCUGUGCGUGCACCCGAGCGACAGCAAGAAGGAGCAGGAGAUUAAGGACGUGAGUGGCCCCGUCCCUGGAGCAGUAACCUACUGUAUUUAUCCUGAGUGGCCCUGUCCCUGGAGCAGUAACCUACUGUAUUUAUCCUGAGUGGCCCUGUCCCUG